GCCAAACGCAAGUAGGGUUGCAGAUGGUUCGAUGCAGCGAAAGGUAACAUGGCGGAUGAGAGCGCUAAACCAAGGGGAAUAAACAGGAGGGGUGCUUUUAAGCAGAAGAAUGUCAUCGAAGUUAAAGGCCAUAAGUUUUUUUUUCGGUACCUGAAACAGCCAACGUUUUGUGGUCACUGCAAGGAUUUUAUUUGGCAAGUGUCCUUUCGUUAAUUCUCUUAUCCUUCGUCUUUCAUGAGCAUUUCUUUUGUCGAAGAUCUAUGCUGGGUUACUUGUUUCCUUUUUUUUCACUUCCUUAAUUGUGGUUUUGUUUUCUUGUGGUGUUUAACAGGGGUUUUAUCGGAAAGCAGGGAUGCCAGUGCCAAGGUAUUGUGGUCAAUUUUCCUAUGCAGUUAUAAACUAAGAUAUGUCGGAUCGGAGACGCACAGACAUUUGGGUACAAUAGGCUUAAGCUAAAGCCGAGCUAGAACUUGUCAACUGUCAAUAACAUUGAGUUCAUGUCUAUACUACUCUUUUCGCAAAUUUUAUCGUAGGGUGUUCGUUUGUGCUUCACAAGCGCUGUUGUCAAUUUGUGACCUUUUCUUGUCCUGGUGCGGAAACAGGCGCUAAUGUCGAGGUAAGAUGACUUCGAAUGUCUUUGAGAAUUGCUUUCUUUAUUUAUUAUUUUUAUUUUUAUUUGUUUUAUUUUAUGUUUCUAUUUGAUCUACAUUCUUGUAUGCAAGCGAUUCUUUCUUCGCGCGUGGGAUCAUUAACUCUGAUUCUGAUCGCUUAAAACGUUAUUGUUGAAGUUGCCUUUUUCUUCCAGGGUCUUGAAUCAGCGCACCCUUUUAAAGUUCGCACCUACACUAGUCCUACAUUUUGUGAUCAUUGCGGAUCACUACUUUACGGACUCUAUCACCAAGGAGUACAAUGCGAAGGUAUGUUAUUUCUAAUUUUCAUUUUCUCUUCCGUUCAUUUAGCCGCUAGCCCGUUGUUAUUUAGCCACCCCAUUUAAAAAGCUCAAACUUUUGUUGUUAGCUUCGAUCUGUUGUGAAACAGGCGGUAACUGAUUACAAAUGCGUUGCUUUUGCAAAACUAAGGAAAUGAUUUACCUGUCGGAUCGUCUGUGUGUUUGCAGAUUGUCAGAUGAACGUGCACAAGAGGUGCAUAAAAUUGUUACCGAAACUCUGUGGCGUCGAUCAUACGGAGCGGAGGGGAAGAAUACACCUCAAAGUUUGGAUCGAAAACAGCGCAAAGAGUCAACUGAAAGUCGAAGGUUUGCAUAAUAAAAUUUGCAUACUAAGCUAAUGUUUAGUCGAGUUUAUCCUCACAAGAUUUUUGUGAUGUUUUAAACCGAGUGAUGAAUAACUAAUUUAUGAACAGCUUUUGUCAAGAUCGACAGUUUUUUGGUACAUUAUUGCCACAGUGUUGCAAUAUACAUUUACUUAACGAAAAUGUAUGUGAUCUAUAUAUCUCGAAAACAUCUUGAAAUAACGACAAUACAGGUUAAUACUGGUGACUUUAUUUGGGCAGCCAAGCACGUCUUAUUAUUAUUAUAUAUUUUUCGGGAAAUAAAUAUGAAUUUUGCUUGUUCUUCAAAACAGUUUUUACUCAAGAUUGCAGAUCGGGCGGUCGAAUACACCUGCUUUUUAAAACGUUCUUAUUUUCUAUUCAUUGCGACAACCUGAGCAUGUAAGGUGUUGGUUAAAAGAGUUAAUAUUUAAGUGAAUUUUAAUUGUCUAUGGAGUCUAAAACGAGUGAAUUUGUUGUGGUAUGAUUCCAUCAGCUAUACCACUUUACAGCGACUUAUCACACAUUCCUAGUGCAACUGGCCCUAGAAAAUUGGGAAGAACUGAAAUUUCAGAGGAGAAAUUUUCAGUAUAUAUUUCGUGAAUCGAAUUCAUCUUUUCUGUGGUGUGAAAAAAUUAUUUAUUUCUCUAACAUAUUUUGUUAAAAAAUAUCCAAAUUUUUAAUCAGUUUAACAUCCUCUUGUGGGAGUAAAUAUGUCCUGCUUUGGCUUCUUGGUGAUUGAUUUGGUGAAACAUCUCUGGAAAUUCACCAAUGUGGUGUAACUAUGUGAAAUAUUGUAUAUGAAGACAAUAACAUCCUUGGCCAUUAGGUGCACCAGUUGUAUAUAGUCAAGACGCUUUUUUUCUUCAAGAGACCCAUUCAUUUUUAAUAAUUUAUGCUACCGUCUUUUUAAAAUAACAAAGAAUCUGAUAGUGGGCUAUUGACUGAACAUAAUUUAUAAGCAGAUUUCCAGCUGUAAUCACCUUCUUUUUACAAGAUUGAAACAUGACAAAGUUACCAUAUAUACAGAACAUUCCUCAAGGGUUUUUUUUUUUAAAGAUCCAUUAAUUAAUCUGACCGAAAUGUGAGGAAAAUAUGGCAAUAUUACUAUAGAUAUACGAUACAAUUAGACUUAUCCAUGUGGGGCCUGUGGCAUUAUUUUUUUUACCUUUUUUGGCACCUCAAUCUUUUUUGUUCAAAGCAGUGGAACCAAAUAUUUGGCCCCACGCACUUGCUUUUGUUGAAGAUUUACAAACUCUUUAUUUGGUCCCGUGACAUGCGAGACUAUGAAUUUACAGUGGAAAAAGAAAGUAAUUAUCGAACUGGUUAAUUUAAAUGUGGUACUUAAUCGUAACCUAUACGAAAGAUUAUCACACAUCUGGAAGAUAAUUUGAGUCACCUAAAAUUAGAAGGACUUAUUCUGAAUGUUGACACCUUUUAAGCUUAUAUCUUGUCUCAAGGGCUUCAUCCUUGAGUUUUUGCAAAAUCACCUAAUAAUUGUGAAUUUAAGUAGAAAACAAAAAUUUAAAACAGUCAGUUUGGUAAUAUUGCAUGAUGUAAACCAUACUGCUGGCCAUAUUAAUUGUCUCUGAAAUUAGCAGUUUGGUUGGUAAAGAAGAAAGUAAUGUUCUAUGUAAAAAAUAGUAAUAGCCCUUAAAUAGCAUAAAUAGUCUUCUAUGCAAAUGUUCAUCUCAGACUGCAUGUACAAAAAGUGUGUGAUAAAAAUGUCAUUAUUUGCUCUGUGACCUCUGAACAUUUAAGAUUUUCACAUCUUUAGUACGUGCCACAGUAACCAAAUUAGUUGCAGCUUGGAGUGCUGUCAAGUUCUGAUCUCAUUGUUUUGGUUAUUUAUGUUUCGUGUUUCACUUUUCUUAUUGUGUGCAGAGGAAACCAUUGUCUUGCUGGUUGAUCCAUUUCUAAGAUAAGUAAUUGGGAAAGAACUGCUUGCUCACAGAUAAAGUUGGUGCAUUGGCCAGUAGAUUGUUACCAAUUACAGGCCCACAUCAGUCAGUCAGUUGCAACUUUCAUCAAUUUUAAAAGGGUUUUCAUUCAGAAAUCUAAUCACAAUAAAAAAAAUUGUAAGGAACUGGAGGAAAUCCUUCUUUUCUAAAUUAUCAAGAAAACAUCCUAAGCCAUUAAAAUUGAGCAGGAGAAUUAUUUAAUAAGUAUUUUCUGCUAGAGGUUUAACCCAAACUUGUGAGGAAUUUGUUAGUUCUGGGCAUGAAUCUCUUGGCCUUUGGAACAAAGAAAAUAGAAAUGAUGAUUGUAUUCCAAAGUAUUGUUGCUUUUGUAUUGAUGCCUCAAGCUAGAAAAAUAGAGAAGCAGCAUGGUUAGCUGUGUAGUUGAUUAUGUAAAUAUACACACAGUAUCCUUUUCUUUUCCUUUUUCCAGCAACUAAAGUUUAUUUUUUGGUGAGCAUGUUACCAUUUGAAGUCACUAAGUGGCAUCUUAAUGUUAACUUGAAGCCUAGAGUUAGGUAAAAAAACAAACUGUAAGAUUUGAACACAUUCGGGAAAUGGUUUGUUUGACAAGUAAUUUUGUUAUUGAUAAUGUUUUCAGGUUGAAAUAAUUUUCUACGACAUACACUUGUAGUGUGAUAAGCGUUUUCCUUUGUCCAAGUACUGCACUGGUUAGUAAUGUAUUUGGAAAAAAGGCAAAGGCAAAUCUUACUGGGAUGAAAUCAUUUUAAUUUGAAAUCUGUUUUAAACUAAAAAUACAUUUGCUGACAAUUAUGUUCUGACAUUUGCAUACCACGCCUUUUAACUUGAAAGUUAAUGUCUUCAGUAUUGUUUCUAGCUCAGCUGUAAAGCUUGGGUUGCUUAAACAUUUAAGGUCACUCACAAUUAGAAAUUGAGUGUUGCAUGUUUUUACAUUGGCCACAUAAAGCUUUGUUUACUUUUUAUUUAUAUAUAUAUAUAUAUAUAUUUUUUUGAAAAAGAAAAAGAAAACAAAUUCGAAAUAGAAUAAGAGAGAUGGUUAGUUUGAGCUCGUUAAAGAAAUAGAGAAAGAUGUUUUUUAUCUUGUCACGAGCAUGGGACAUAGCACAGAAGGUUCAAUUCCUCAUGGGGACUCAGAAGUUUUUCUUUGUCCCACGCUUGUGACAAGACAAAAAACAUCUUUCUCCAAGAAUGAAAUAAUGAAAAUUAUCUGAACUUAAAUAUUUUUUAAUAUUGGUUCAGCAUUUAAUUUAAACUUCCUAGAACACCUGCAAGCAUAUGUUUAAAUCAGCAUCCCAGAGGUCAGUGAAAUUAGAUGUUUCAAUCAUACACAGUUUGUUGGUAUUCAUAUUGUUUUGUGCUUUAUCGCAUAUUGGAGGAAAAAAGAAAAUUUAUAUAUAUAUACUUUUACCACAGAAGAUGCAGUCAAACAGAAAACAUGGAAAUUGUUGUUUAUUUGACAGUAUUACAUCCAACCUUCCCAUGAUGCCUUGUAGUCUAAUUCCUGGCAAAAAUAAGUAGGCACUGCUAUCUUAAGAUUCUUUCAAACCUUUUACAACAACUUAAUUUGGCAAGUGCAUUCUUUAUCUUCUGUAUCAUGAAUUUUUAUCAAUGAACAUUUUAACCCUUUAACUCCCAUGAGUGACCAAGACAGAAUUUCUCCCUACUCUAUUUAUACAAUAUCAUGCACACAAGUGAUGAGAAUUAAAAAAAAAUCCAUUAUGGGAUUACUAAUACCAAAUUCUCCAAACUAACAUAAUUGAGAAUCAUUUGGCAGAUGGCAAGGAGAAUUACUAAUGAGAUCUUGGCAGUUCAAGGGUUAAACAGGACUUCCAGCCUAACUUUUUCAGUCACCAUUGGUGACUACCAGUCAUAAAUGGUUACCAGGAAUAGCAUUUUGGUUGUUAGAAGAAAAUCAAAGAAAAAAUGUGCUUAGUGCACUCUAAACUUCAGACUACACUCCUCAUUUUUUUAAUGGAAAAAAGAUAAAACAUGAGCAAUAUUAAACAUGAAAAUUGUUUAACUCAACUAGAUUUUAACUGAUAAAAACUGAGUCAUGGCAAUUUAUACUACCAAUGUAGGCAUCAAAACAGUGUUUGUCAAGAGUUUUAAAAAAGUUACCAAGAUUGUAGACUGUUGGAAUCUGGUCCAGAUCCAUUAAAAAAGAAGUUUGUGUAUCUGUUGUGUUGAUUGUGUCAGCUUCUUUAUUUCCUGUAGCAUGUUAAAACACAGCUGUGUACCACUACCCCUUGAAAUAUCAUGGAAUGUCCCUAUGAUCAAUAGUGUUUUGUCUGUUCUACACUCACCUGAAGGUUAAUGUCUAGUGUUUACCAAGAAAGUUCAAAUGUCUUGGGAGAUGCCAUUAGUGUAAUUUGAAAGUUUUCCAUGUAGUUUACGUAAUAUAUCCAGCAGUUCUUGCCAUGAAAACUAUGUUCAGGUUUCCAUAUCCAAAGUAACAGCCUUGUUGACCUAAUUGUUCAGCAGUUUCCACAGCUCAUUUGUCCCUAAAAAUUAAGUAAAUGUUGUGUUAAUUUGUAUACCUCAACUACAUGUGCUAUGGAUGAAAUUUGCAGUGAAACUUUAGUGACAAUUUUGUUCCUAAACACAUCUCUGCCACAGUACUUUCUUCUUCUUCUUUUUUUUUUUUUUUUUGAUCUUAAGGGAUCUGAAAUAGUCAUAAGUGAUUUUGCUGUUUCUUUUUUUCGGUGUAUACCAUAUUUUUGACUCCCUUUUUAUUUGUGCCAUUACUUUGUAGUUCAUGAUGCAAAGAAUCUUAUUCCUAUGGAUCCAAAUGGUCUCUCUGAUCCUUAUGUCAAGAUCAGGCUGAUUGACAACACACAGGAGGACAUCAGCAAGAAAAAAAAUGACUCAGACAAGAAAAAAAAAUUCAAAACUAAGGUUGUCUAUAAGAACCUGAACCCAGAAUUCAAUGAAACUUUUGACAUGUAAGUUACCAAGCCUUUGUGUUUGUUAAUCUUAAUACAAAUGUAAUGUUUUUAGAUGCAAGCUAACACACUCUGGACUGUUUGAAAAUGGACAUUUCCUUUUGUUACUAUUGAUUCUCGCUUUUGUAUACCUGGUAUGUUCCUUUUUUUGUAAGGCUGCCUCCAGGAACAUGCAAGAUAAUGGGCACCCUUUGAUAUGAUUGGGUAUUCCAUCUUGCCCCCUCAAGAUUACUUGAGCUCAGAAGCCAAAAAACAAAAAGCAGUUGUAAUAGGUUUACAUGGUCUGAAACUUGUGCAAAACAUUUUCUGUUUCUUGCAAAAUCUUUUGUGAUUUCAAGCCUCAUUUUUUAAGGACAGUAACAACAAACAAAACCACAACACUCUUGUAAACAUACUGGUACAAUGCAAUUUUCCAAGUUGAUACAAUGCCUUUGCUGAAAUAUGGUCUUCAAGCCUCUUCUGGCCAAGCAUGUCUUGAUUAGACAGUGUGUCUGCAAUAUUCUUUUUUUUAUUGUUGAGUUACUUUCAAUUGGUAGAAACCUGCCAUAUUAACCCCUUGCUUGGUCAAUAAUGGUCAAUUUAUAGCAUUAAUAACAUUGUCAGGUUAUUAUGUUGGAUUUUGUCUGCCUUGAACAACAUUUUUAUCCUAAAUGUAUUGAUAAUUUUUCUACUACAUCUUAGAUGUGGUCAGCUAGUCCUUAAUGAUGAGUGGUCGUUGUUGUAUUAACUUAGGAUCCACUGAGUGUGGCAUUUCCAUUAUCCAUGAAUAAUGACAAGACUUUAUUGCCACAAAAAUUGCUUUCACAUUAAAGACUUAUCUGAUUGGAAUUUCCAGGCUAUUUUAUCCUUUUGUUUCACUCCCAACAUUUUAUUGGUAAUUCUCCUUACUGUCUGCCAUACAAUUCUUAUGCAGUCAGUGCAGAGAAUUUGAUAUCAGAUCAACUAAAAUCCCCUAAUUGAUUAAUAAUUUUGCUUCAUUCUUAUCCCUUGUCUGCUUUAUAUUCUGUUGAUAUUGUAAGGAGAAAUUCUGUCUUGGUUACUUAUGGGAGUUAAAGAGGUAAGGGACUGAGGGAUUUUAACAAUGUUCCUUUUUCUCUGACUAGCACACUGGAUGCUGAAGAUUAUAAUCGUCGUCUGUAUGUUGCUGUUUGGGACUGGGACAGAGCGUCACGUAAUGACUUUAUGGGUUGUUUGUCAUUUGGAGUGUCUGAGUUGGUGAAACAACCACAAGAGGGCUGGUUCAAGCUUCUAGGCAAAGUGGAAGGAAAUUUUUAUAAUAUUCCUAUCAUUGAUACUGAUGGAGAGGGCCCAGCAGUAUUGGAGUUAAGAAACAAAUAUAAGGUAAAUUAUUUGGGUUGUGUACACUUAACAUGUAAGUAACUCUUUCUGAGAUUGAGAUGGUUAGGCAUUGGCUUGGUCAUUUGUGAGAGGCAUUUUUACCUGUUGUUGUCGAUGAAAUAGGUAAAUUGUUUUGUGGAGAGCCUAAAUUCAUUUGCUCUAUCAUUCACUCAUUUGUUUGUUAUCUACAUGUACAAACAGUAAUUCAUAAGCUGUCUGCAAUUUCUCCUACUUGCUCCAUGGCCAUCUAUUGGUUAAAACUAUGUUUUGUCAAUCAGGUUUAUUAGCAUUCAUUUUUCAUGCUGGUAUAGGGUAUAUUUACUAGGUAUCUGCAGUUUAAUUUGAUAGCUACAUGAUCAUUUUGUACACGACAUUAAAUUUUCUUGUUAUUUUAAAGACCUGAAUAUUAUCUUAUGCCAAAGAAAUGAAACACCAUAUGCUUUCAUAAGUUCUGUGCAGUAUAAAGUUUUAUUUAUCCAUAUUUAUAUCAUCUACGUCUGGUUUCUUUCUCUUUUAUUGCUCUUUUAACAAAAACUGACUUCAAAUGGGUUGGGUCUACAGGUAGCUUGAAAACUUCAGGGUUCCUCCAAUAAUGAUUGAACUUUGCUUUUUAAAAAAUUGCCUGUUGAUUGUACAUACUUUUCUUAUUAUUUCAAUUAAUGUUUAAGCCAAAAUAAAGUUUGUUGUUUUUUGUUGUUUUUGCUGUUACGGUAGCUUUAACACUUUAUCACUCUAACCCUAAGCAGAGCAACUAUGAAUGCUGUUAUUUUCUCAGGUUAUUUAAUUAUUAUGCACCAAUACAUACUGAUUAGCAUUUUCUUUGAUCUUCAGUUUAUGCAAGCACAGCUGAAAGAAGAAGAGGAAAGACAGGAGAGAGAAUACCAAGCAGUACAAGCAAAUCGCUACAAGGGAGAUGGUACCAGAUACAGGCCAGAAGAUUUUCACUUCCUCAAAGUUCUUGGCAAAGGAAGCUUUGGAAAGGUUUGUACAAAAAAUCUGCUGAAUUAUUUUGAUUUUAUGUUCCCAGCACUGACUGAUAACAGACAAAUUGAAUCAAAGGUAGAUGACAGAGCUCAAGUUUAUUUGUGCAGGUAAGUAGACUUCUUGCAAACUUGCUGCUUAGGAAAGUUAUAUUGUAUUUCCUGAAAUGCUUUUGUCAAGAGAGCAUCUCUUAAGGAUAAAAGAAAUCUAUAGUACAGCUUCCCCCUCUGGGAAUGGAACACAAUCUGUCUUCUCUGGGACUUUCCCCUGUCGGGAAAUCAUUGGCAUUUAUUCAAACUGCAGUGUUUAACCAGACAGAGAAUUUUUGAGCUGAAGAAUUAAUUUAUUUGAAUCGUAGUAUUUAUGACUUGUUCUUUGUGUUUCAAGGUCAUGUUAGCAGAGCGAAAAGGCACAGAUGAAGUGUAUGCCAUCAAAGUUUUAAAGAAAGAUGUCAUUGUUCAAGAUGAUGAUGUGGAAUGUACCAUGACAGAAAAGAGGGUGUUGGGCUUACACGGCAAACCACCAUUUCUUACGUCUCUUUUCUGCUGCUUCCAGUCAUACGUGAGUUAUUUAGCAAUAAUAUUACUUGAAAUACAUUCUUUGCCACAGUUUUGUUCAAAGGAGAGAGUGACAGAUGUUCACCACUGAUUAAAUAUUCAUUAGUUAGUGGUAUUUGUGACAAAUUUAAUAAUAUUGAACCAUUUCAAGAUCUCACUAGUAGUUCUCCUAACUGUAUGCCAUACAAUUCUUAUGAAGUUAGUUUAGAGAAUUUGACAUUGGAUCAACUAAUAAUCCACUAGACUUGUAAUUGACUUUGCUCUUUAUUCCUAUCACUUAUCUGCUUGAUAUUGUAUUGAUAAUGUUACUAAAAAUUAUUUCUUGGUCACUUGUUGUUGGUAAAGGGUUCAAAUCUUAUUGAAUUAAACUUUUUUUCCUUUUUUUUUUUAGGACCGCCUCUACUUUGUGAUGGAGUAUGUUAAUGGUGGAGAUUUGAUGUUUCACAUCCAGCAACACGGCAGAUUUAAGGAGCCUCAGGCUGUGUACGUUUUGAGUGAAGUAUUAUAGUACAUAAAUUAGUUACUAGUCAUUUCAUACCCAGUUAGGACAUUUUGUGCCCAAACAGUUAAAUCGUUUUGUACCCAGCUGAUAGCAAGUAAGUUGUUUUGCCCAGGAACAUGCAAGAUGAGAGGAAUCCUUUGAUAUGAUUGGGUCUUCCAUCUUUCCCCCUCGCGAUUGCUCAAGCUUAGAUUUAAAAGCCAAAGAACUCCUUAUGACAGGUUCGUAUUCUGUGAAACUUUUGGGAAACCUUUUCUGCCACAUGGGAAAUCUUUUGCAAUGGAAACCAAGUUUGAGGACCGUAACAACAACCAAACCCACAACAAGCUAGUGAACAUGCAUGUAUGUACAGUGCAAUUCUCCCAGUUGACUUAAUAGUUUUGCUUUGAUACAGUCAAAGUGAUACUGUCUUUGCAAUAAUAUUAAGAAAAAAAAUUGAUAAACGUGUAUGCAGUCAAGAGGUGGAAAGAUCAGACUACAUGUGCACACAUUUCAGGGGUACAUAAUACCUGAAUAAUUUGUCCUCUCUGUGUGGAUUUUAGUUGCUGCCUGUCUCUUUCGCUCCUUGGUAUAUUGGUGUAUUCGUUGGUUGAAAAUUGUUUUAUGGUUAAAAGAGCAAACGUGUUGAGUGCGCUAUUCUGUUUUGCAUUAUAGUUUCUAUGUAGCGGAAAUUGUCCUUGGCUUGCUGUUUCUACACAAAAGAGGCAUUGUUUACAGGUACAAGUUAUUACUGUUUACAAUGUGUAUCAGUAUCUUGUUCUCUGUAUAUUAACCCUUUACACCCCAACAUCAAUGUUCAUAUUCUCCAUACACUUCUCUAUACAUCCCCUUUGGUAUUGACAAAGAGAAUUCGUGUAACAAUCAAAACUUCAUUGGUUGCUUAUCAUCUUCGUUAUUCUCAUAAUCCUUACGAGUGGUUCAGCGGUAUUACUGUUCGGAGAAGUUAGAUACUGGUCACUUUCAGGGUUUACAGGUGUAAGUCACUCUCUUAGCUGUAGCGUCUUUUAAUAAGUAUUAACCCAGGGCUCCAAACUCAAAACUUUUGAAAAUCGUUCUUUGGCGAUGACCUUAAAUCUUAAAAUGGUCUCCAAAAAUGAAAUUUUAGUGUCAAGAUAAACAACUUGAGUCGCCAUUUUUUCCUGUUUUGUUGUUUUCGUUUUGCUUUUGCCAUAGCAACGAAAGCAGUUGUAGCUUGGAGCCCUGUGAGCUGUUAAGGCAACUUAGACAAAAACAUAUAUAUGCCUGUGAUUCACUGUUAACGUUGUUGUAUUUUUUAUCCAUGUACAUACAGAGAUUUAAAGUUAGACAAUGUCAUGCUGGAUAGCGAUGGCCACAUCAAAAUUGCCGAUUUUGGUAUGUGCAAAGAAAAUAUGACUGAAGGAAAGACAACAAGAACAUUCUGUGGCACACCAGAUUAUAUUGCUCCUGAGGUAACUCGUGAUAUUGGUGUGUAGCUUUACGAAGAUCUUUUUGUCUUGUGUUGAUAUUCAGAUUGCUUUUGGACUGAGUCAAAAGAAACCAUCGAGGCCAAUCGGCGGGUAAAAAACUGAAAGGGGCAGCUUUUCAGAACUCAAAGGAAAACAAGCGAAUAGUCUGUGGCGCACGAAAGAGCGAGUGACCUAGUCAAGAUUGGUUCCUGUUUUCCUCCUGAUUGGUUGAGACGGCGACGCGGGUUAUCUGGACCAUUCACAGAGCAGUCGCUUAAAAAUGACUUCAACUCCUUUUACAAAAUUUCUUUGUCUGUAAUCAUUCAGACGUGGGAAGAUACAUGUACCUCUGAAAUCAAAUUCCCCUCUGCACGAUCCUGUCUUGCCCCUCGAAUUCUAACAAACUGUGUGCUUGUGUUGCAGAUUGUGGCUUACCAGCCUUACAGUUUUUCUGUGGACUGGUGGGCUCUGGGAGUUCUAAUUUAUGAGAUGCUGGCAGGACAGGUCAGUAUGUUGGAAUCGAAUUUUUUGGAAGUCGUAUGGCACUUACUUACAGCCAGUUCCCCUCCACUGGAUAUCAACGAGUAUUCUUUGCCCAGAGUUUCGAUCAAGUCGAGGUUGAAUUGAAUUUUAACGUCGAAGGUAAAAGCGAACGAGAGUAAAACCCUCAAAGCAUCAACAAAGACAAAAACCCACAACAAUUUCAACCUGAGAUGUAAGGUCUAGGAAUCGAAUUUGGUAAUAGCGGUGGAACGCAAGUGCUUUAAACACGCACCAUCCCUAUGUCUUCGCUGCUCCUUGCUUGGCAGAAUGCUUUUUUAUUCACUUAUUUAAACACUUUUUCUCCAUUUUUCCUUUUUUUCACAUAGCCACCUUUUGAUGGGGACGAUGAAGAUGAAUUAUUUAACUCUAUUCUGGAGCACAGCGUGUCGUACCCCAAGUCUUUAUCCAAAGAAGCAGUGCUCAUCAUCAAAGGGGUACGCUUUACACCUAACUGAAUAUGUUACACUGCGUUUUGCGCGUUAGUUUCGUAUCCAGACUUCGUGUUAACUGUUGUACGCUUGAGAGUCGAGGUGCUUUGCAAUCGUUUUAAUGGUUCAAAGCUUAAACCCGGCCCUAACUCGGUUCGCUUUGUAGAGGAAGUUCUCGGGGCCCUCGUUUGAUUUCUCUCACAGAGAGAAUCCUCGACAGAUUCGAGGUUUUGAGCAAGUGGUCCAUACACUUCUUUUUAGCGAUGAAAUAUAACUCCAUCCUGUAGGACGACGAUCAAUCCUCAUAAGUACUUUAUGCCGAUGCCGCAAAAACCAGUUUGAUCCCCGAUAGCUAUGCGAGCUGAUCUUGACUCCACCCUUAACUGUUUCACACGUUGUAUAAAAGUGAGAAGGUGUAAAAUGUCACUGAGUGCAGCUCAAAUUAAGCUACCAAGCUGUUUUUUUUCUCUUUGACGUGAAGUCGUAGCUUACAUGUGUUAUUUGAUUAUCUUUUCUGUUGUAGUUCCUGACCAAACACCCAGCCAAACGUUUAGGCUGUGGAGAAAAUGGAGAACAAAGCAUCAAGGAUCACGUGUUCUUCAGGCACACAAACUGGCUGAAACUUAUGAACAGAGAAGUUCAACCUCCCUUCAAACCAAAAAUUGUAAGCAUUGUAAUGUACAUCUAGGCUAGUAAACGGUAGUGAGGUAUUAUAGUCACUAUAUAGUGUAUGGUACACUGACGUAUGGCGUAAGAUAAUUUAACCAAAUGAACGCGUUAGCGCUGCGCACGAGUUCGUUGUGAGUUUUGGCAAUGAUAAGGAAGAUUCGUAGAAGUGGGCCGAGCAUUGAUUUGUCUAAAGGGGGUAAGUCUCAAAGAAACUGGGGUGCUGUGUCGAUAGGGAGAGGUGGGGGUGGGGGGGAGGGAGAGGUGGAGUAUUACGCGAAUAUUGUUUUAUCAACUGAGUCGACAAUGUAAGUUGACCGCCGUAAUGAGCUUCUAAAGCUGACGUUUCGUCAGGGCGAAUGAAUAUCUGCUGAGUUAAAAACAAAAAUUUUUUAAAUGAACUGUGUAUUUUGUAACCACUAAGAUUUCCUUUACUAGGUUCCGAUUGGAUGAUCUAGUGGAAUUUUAUUCUUUUACGUGCCAUCACAGUUUACUCAUUGCUUUGUGCAUUUGUCCCUCAACAGAAAUCCAAACGUUCCUUUGACAAUUUCGACCCAGAGUUCACGGACGAAGCCGCCAGACUGACACCUUGCGACAAAUCCUUUAUCGCCAACAUCAACCAGAAUGACUUCCAUGGAUUCUCAUUCGUGAAUCCUGCUUUCCCAGCGAAAGAGAAAGAGCCAUCGAGCGACACUGACAUUAAAGUUUAAGAAUUAUUGAUUAAUUUACCUAGCUAGGUGAUGAAAUGUAUUCGGGAGAUGUUUCCGGUUUUGCGCUUGCGUGAAAUGGUAAGGUAUUUCUAAUAUUGUUGAAAGAAACACAAAAAUGUGGCUUGCCCAUGUAAUUAAGAUGUAAGUAUUAUUCCUUAAGAAGCGAGCUCAGACAAGCUGAUUUGUUCCCUUUUGUGGUGUGGUUGUAAAUGUGAACGAAAGGGAUGCAAGUAACAUGUAAGGGAAAGCUUUUUUCCUAUUUUUUUUCUUCUUUUUUCUGAUCGUUCUAAAACCUCAACUCAGUAUUCACAACGGCCAAUUAGAAACAAGGCAGAUAUGAAAAUUUCACCGAGAGUUCAGUGGUGCGGGCACAGGGAAAGGGGUGGGACAUUUGGUUAAAAGAGGUGGAACCAAAUUACGAUUGGUUUUAGGUUUUUAUCUGAAUGCUUGGUUGAAGGGGAGGGCUCUAGUUUUUUAUUCACUGGUAAGACAGUGAUAUAAAGCAAAACAAAUGCAAUCUCGCAUGGCUUUCGACUACCGCUUGAAAUUUGAGUUGUCUAUAGGUAAUCGGCCCUGCUGCAUGCGUCCUGUAAAUAUCGUCUCUGCUGCGUAAGGGGGAUAAGUUGGCUUGUUCUAUGACUGCGUUUCAUUUUAGCACAAUUUAUCUCGAAAUAGAUAAAUCCAAUUUGAAUAAGUUGUAAUAAAUAUGUGUUAUGUAUGUAUUGUUAUAUGCAUAAUGUAGCUAGGAAGCAAAAACAGCGUAUCCAUUCUGGGAAUUUAGGGUGAUAUAAUUGAGUUGGGGUUUUACUUUGAAUUUUUGCCUUCUUUUGGUUUUCUUAUUUUUCCAAAUUGGUGUCAUGAAAAUCAGGGUGUAAAGGAGAAUUGUAUUUUUUCCACUGGUUCCUUCAUAGUUUCUGCCCUGUGGAACUGAUUGAAUUGCAAAAUGUCUCAAUUUUUUGUCAUUAUUUUGUUACUGCACACUUUGCGGCACCUUUUUGAAUGAUUAAAAGGGUGAAUUGUUCCCAAUUAUAUGACAUUUAGCCAGUACUGGUGAGUUUCCUUUUUCUUGUGCUAUGAAAAUUUAGUUAUUGAUUGCAUCAGGAAAGCUGUAAAAUAUAGCGAUUUAUAACACGAAACUAGUUUCAGUGACACUGUACUUAGCCCUCUAUUGAGUUUUAACUUCCGGUAGUUCGUGAAGAUUCCUUUAAAUUUACUAAUUUCUAAAGUUAGUGACUGCUAAGAAAUGUCCCACGGUGCUUUAGUUGAUGCAUCUACUGACGUUAAUCUCUAAGAAGAAGUUUAAGUAAAAAAACUUUUAGCCUGAGGUUGUUUGGUGAAAGACCCAAAAAGUUUGAUGUAAGUUGUUUUCCAUGGAGUAAAACAGAUGAACUUGCAAGAAAAGGAGAUCUGGAUCGUCCUCUUAAAUAUUGUAAAAUCUUUUUAGUUUUAGCUUCUUCUUUGAUGUGGAAAAUUUUUUAUUCUAAUGAUUAAGGGUAUGGGUUUUAGGCGUGGCAUGAAGACGAAUUGCAAAAUGGGAAUUUAAUUGAUCAUUGUAGUUAGUAGGACAUUCAGAAAAUUCAAGAGUUGAACCGCUUAUGUUUCCCAUUAGGUGUUAAUAUCAGCUGUUGAAAUUUCUUUCUUCUGAUUGGUUCAUAUGAAGUUCAUUUGUUGUGAAUUGCCUUCAGUCGUCGUUAUGUGUCUGUUACCCUUCUAAAUUAUUACGAGACUGCUGCAAGUUAAUUUGGACAUCAGAGUUGCGAUGCUAUCCGUUGUAAAUUAGUUAGGAGAAUUAUGUGUUACGACAGGAUGGCAUCCUCAAGCUGAAGUGAGAAUAAAUUCUCUUUGAAAAUUUUUUCGAAAUUGAAAUUGCGAAGAGAAGUUACGCUUCGAUUAUUUCUUUAAGUAGAGUGAGUAGAAUUGUUUUUAGUUUGACUAUUUUGUUCAAAUAUCAGAUGUAAAAAAAUUUCCUUAUAUUUCUGUGUACUUUAACUUAAUGCUUAGAGCGUUUUCUCAUUCCAGCAGAGUGAUGAUCGCUUAUAUUUGUGGCUAUUUAUGAAUUAUUGAAAUUUUGGUUUCCUUGUAUACGUUAGCAAUAACAGUACUUGCUACGCUGACUUUUCACAAUUAAUAUCUUUGUUGCGAAUUAUGGAACAAAAGUUUUCAGUAUUGUUAGCAAUUGUUCCUUCAAGUGGAGGUAAAUAUCCACCAUGUUCCACCGAAACGUUUCGUAUAGACCACAAAAAAAAAUUAAGAAAAAAAUUGUUUAUUUCUGACAAUAUACCAAUAAAUGGUUGGGAAUUAAACUCGUGACGCGCAAUUUUGUCUCCUCGG